AUGCAUUUUCUGCUUUUCUUGUUCUUGGGGCUGCUGCAAUUAGUCUCUGCAGCCAGAUCCGGCACCUAUUAUGCGGGUUGGCCUGUCGGUGAUAGCACAUGGAAGACAACCGAUUCCGUCUUUCAGCGAGAGACUGGCAUCUCCAGGUACCGCCUGUUCCAGGCUGACGGACUGAUUUAUAAGUAUCAGCUCGAUUUUGACGUCACCGAAAGACAAGGCGAAUAUGCAAGUACCUAUGUGUUUUUUGACUCAGAAGGCGACGAGUAUUACAAGGUGGUCUUUGUCACCGGCACUCAUACCCUCAACUUUAAUAGUGGGGACCCUUAUAUUCAGCAGGUCAAGGUUGUCGAGGAUUAG